AUGAUCCCCAAAACGGAACUGGACUAUGUUGCCAUAGAGAAAGCAAAAGCCCUUCAGGGCGUUUGCUGGGGUGACGAGUACGAGCGCAUGAUAUCAGGGAUGCUGUACAACCCCCUGUCCCCUGAACUCAUUGAUGGCAGAGAAAAUGCCCGCCGUCUCAUCGCCGAAUUCAACGCGCCACCGUACCCCGACCUUCCAUUCUCUGAGACCAUCGCUCGCAGAGAGAGUGCGCUGCGAAGACUCUUUGGCCAUGCCGGCGAGGGAAUCUACAUUGAGGCCCCGCUCUUUGUUGACUACGGAUGCAAUGUCAGUGUUGGGAAGGCAUUUUAUGCUAAUUUCAACCUCACAAUCCUUGACUGCGGCCUCGUCACAAUCGGCGACCAUGUUGAAAUUGGACCGAACGUGAGUAUCAUCACUGGGGAGCACUACACCGAGAUCAUUGCCCGGCGUACCAACAGGGGGAAGGAAUUUACAGGACAAGUGGUUAUCGGGAACGACUGCUGGAUUGGUGCAAACGUGACGAUUCUCGCGGGUGUCACCAUCGGUGAGGGAUGCACGAUUGGUGCAGGUUCGGUGGUCAAGAGGGACAUUCCUGCCUUGAGUAUUGCUGUAGGGUGCCCGGCCAGGGUGAUUAGAUCUGCUGGGAGGGCAGAAGGUGAGGCGGAGUAG